UGUUUUGUGUUUAGAUUCUGAUGUAGCGGAAGAAAGUUGCAAAGAAAAAAGAUGGAUUUUUCCGUCUUGCUGCAAGAUCUUAAAGAUGUGGCGGAGAAAUACAAGGGAAAAUCGACAGAGCCUGCAAUCUCCACCAGUGCAUAUGUGGACAUGUUUUUAAAGAUCUUGAAGCGUGCCCAGAAAGUGACUGAAGACUACGAGGAACAGAUCCGCGUACUGUAUGUAGUCCUCAACCAGCUGGCUGCCAUUUAUCAAGACCUAACCCAGGGAAACCACAGAGAUCAACUCUGUAAAUACAUCUUCCAACUCUGUGCCAAGACAGUACUGCACAUACAGUGGUCGCAUUUAGAUGAGCACAAUGCAGCAAAGACCAAUCUCAUAGAAGCUGUGAAAAAUGUCACUGAAAUACUUGAACAGCAUGGAUUUAGCAAAUUUAAGGUUAUUCAGGAGUUGAUGGACAGCCAUUGGACUCACCCAGUUCUCAGCAAGAUCAUGUCUGGUGAGGAAGAAGACGAGAACGAUGAGGAAUGUCUGGAGUACAUCAGGAGCCAGGAUCCGGAGGUGUUGAAGCUGCGUGUGGACAUCAUGAUUCACGAGAACUGUGAGGAGUUCGCUCUCAACCUGUGCAACUGGUCGCUGCGUCACCCGGCCAUGAGGACCAACAACCUGAAGAUCAAGGAGCAGCAGAUUUUCAUCCUCCACAAGCAGGAGGAGUACACCAAGAUGCAGGAAGUGUGCGAAACCAUCGUUUGUCAUGACGGCAUCCAGGUGAUGUCACAUCUUGCCAAGAACCCUGCCAACCAGGCUCUAUGUAUCCGUCUGGCACAGGUGUUCCUUAUACAUGACUGGGUGAACCCAAACAGGAACUGUUGUACGCAGGAGUUGCUAAAGCUCUGGAUCCACCACCAGUAUCUGGCUGACAAAGACGAGGAGAGAUUCCUGGAGAGCAUCUGGACCGUGGCCAAGGUGUGCAGAGACACCGAGCAGAUCGGAACACUCAUAGAUGGAGUCAAGAAGGAGUGUGGGGACAUGUUUAUUCAGCUGUACACAGAGCUGUGCAAGUACGCAAUCAACAUCGAUAAAGGGAACUAUGAGAAAGAGAUGGCUGCAGGAAACCUUGAAGAAGCAAAGAGACGAAAACUUGCCCUGUCUAAAACCUGUGUGAGAAUGUCAUUGAUGCUGAAGGAGCAUGAUUUCCGCAUGUCCCGUUUGUGUGGGCUUACCGCAUUCUCACUUGAUCCAACAACUGAGAAUUUGAAUUUAGUGAACAAGUUGUACUGGACAAUUAAGCACACUUCAGCCGUAUCACGUCAUAGUAAAACUGACAUUGCAACCUUGUAUGAGAUUGAUCGAUUGCUUGGCAAAAUGCGGCCAGAGAGUUUGAAUCCUGACUACAGCUGGAAACAGUUGAUUCCUUUGUGCAAACGGUACAAACAUGAUUGUGAUCUGGAAAGGAAGGGGAUCAAGGUGGAGAAACGAGAAGUGCCAGAUGUCCAAAUAGAACCCGAAAGUACUGUCUUACAAACUGAUGGGCACAAGCAGCCAAAAGGUAAACGAAAGGAUAUUCAAAAAGUCCAUAUUGAAAAAUUGCUCAGUGAAAAGCGUUUGUCACAGGAGGAGAUUGAGAAAUUGAUUCGAGAAAGAUUCCCUAGAAAUACAGACCUUGAUGAUGCACCUGCAUUAGAUAUGAAGGAACUGGAUAAGACAAUUGAAUCUCUGAAAAAAUCAAUCUAUGAAGAGACCUUAUUCCGUGAAUCAUUAGAAAAGAACUUUUCUCCCCUUCGUGGGAGGCAGAAAUCUCCAGUUGCUGCUAGUGCUCACAAUAACACUGUUGGUUCAAGUUCUGCAAAUCCUGACAAUCAUGUUAAUGCUAAUAAACUUCUGUAUAAGCAAUUGUCUGAAGGUAAAUCCAUGCAGCAUCAGGUAUUGCCGUCAACCUUGGGAACAUUGUCACAUCAAGUUCCAUCAACCAGCUUUCAGAUGACACACCAACCUCUGUCAAGUUCUGCAAACCUCGUAGGAAGCAAAACCAGAAACUUACAUGGUGUUCCUACCAACCAGCUGCAUGGGCAUUCACCAGCUAUUUUAGGAAAUAAUAGGAAAAUCCCGUGUGCUACCGUUAGUUCUUCACAAGUGCAGUAUUCAGGGCAAAGCAGCAAUAGUGUACCGAAAAAUGUUCAGCAAAUGAAGCCUUCUGGGCAUUUCAAUAUUUUAAGACCCGCAGAAAGCUCUCAACAAGAAUGUGCCAAGAUUGCUCAGCAAAUAGCAGAGAUGCGAGAGAAAGAGAGAAGAGAGAAACUUGAGCAAGUCAGAAACCAGGGUAAGAUGGAUGCAAAAGCUUUGAGCAAGGCUGUUCUGCAGGGUCAUCAAGGCAAUGCAAUUUCCAACCUUCUUAGUCUAACUUUCCAGGGAAAUAAAUCAGCCAAUCAGAAUCAAGCAGCAUCUGUAUCACAACACAGCCAAAAAGCUGUUAGCAGUUCUGUAAAGCAUGACCAGAUUAGUAAUCCCAAAUAUGUUUUGCCAACAGAAAAAGUCAUCACCCCGUUGCAGGUUGAAAAUAGAUUGAAUCUGGGCAAGGGAACAUCUGUGAAGCCUGUUCUGUCAAUGAGAGUGCCACGGUCACUCACUGAAGAACAAUUCAAGCAGCUCAUGCAAAAAGUGCAUCAGAUGACAAGGAAAAUGUCCCCUACAAAGUCAAAUCCAUCUCUUAUGUCGCAGCAAGCUUUUAAUGAGGGCGCAACUGUGACAUCUGCAAUUCAGUCAAAUGCCAAUGAGAGAGACUUUCUCACUGGCUUGACGGUGAACAGUCAGGGACUUCUUGAGACUGCUGUGGCAUCAGCAAGCCCAGAUAUUGCAAUGGCUAACCUUGAUACCCUGGCAACUGCAAGUCUGACACAUCUAGAACAAGCCCAGUACACCCGGCAAAUGAAAACAAAUUUAGAUAGCUCUCAAAUGGAAAUCUCCCAAAUGAACAAUCAGGGCAUUGUUUCAGUCAUCACAUACUCACAGCCUAAUCAGGUUGUGUUUUCUUUGCCACAGCAGUCUUCGGUGAUGCUACCACCACCUGUUGUUCAGAGUAUACCACAGCCUGUCAUGCAGCAGUUUGUGACAAUACCCAGUGAUUCUUCAGUGUCACAGCAGCAGCCUCCUGCAGUCAACCAGUAUCAGGUACCGGUGCAGACAUCUGUGCAAGUCCCUUUCAAAUUUCUCAGUGGUGGAAAUGUGAAGCAGGUUCAGCAAAACCCUGUACUGAAUACUCCUGAACUCAGUCCAGCGGUUGUGGAGCAGUUAUUGGCCAGUCUCAGUAAAAGGGGCGAGCAGAAAAGCACACAGCAACCAAAGCCUUCCUGGCCUAAGGAUAUCCUGCCAAAAGCAGCCCCGCAGCAGCAAGUUAAUUUGGGUUACAAAAUUUGUACCACAUCACCAACUAGUCAGUCAAUAUCUAAGAGUGUAGCAGAUGCAACCAAGAAGAUACUUCAGCUGAGGGAGAUGUAUGGACUAAAUCCUGCAUCUAAUCCAAUCGCAACAGAUGUGAAUUCAUCUCCAGAAAACAGAGGAAGUGGGAGCCUUAUACAAAAGCUGAUGAUGGAAGAUGACUCUUGUGAUUACAAGAACAGUAAACUAAGUUCUUUCAUAGCUGGUAUGCCUGCUUCCAAAUCCACAGCCAGUGAUGAUGUGCCAGACUUACCAGACCUUGGAGCCAAGGAAGUUGCAGCUAUUCUUGGACUAGAAACUGAUGGGAAUCAGGCAGAGCAAAAUAACACCAUUCCCCAGUCUACAUAUCUUAAUGCCAACAGAAAAGCUAAGGAGAGGGAAAAGAAGGAUGAGGGUAGGAAACAGAAAUGUGGUCAAACCAUCUUUAAGUGUGGCCAAUGUGGAAAGAUGUUUCCCUCAAGAGAAUUAGUAGAAGAACAUCAAACUUUGGAACAUCAAACUUUGGAUCAUCAACUGAAUUGCAAAUUCUGCAAUAAGACAUUCAAAAAUAAACAUACCCUGCGUGGGCAUGAAAGAAAAAACUGUCGAUUUCUGAAAGCUGAGUCCUCCACUUUUACUGGAGUGAAAUGCUUUACAUGUGGAAAACUGUUUGAGUCCGUUCAGAAAAUAAAGGAUCAUGUGAAGGAAGGCUGUAUCGGAUCGAAUGUUAAAGUACCACUUACAUUCAAUCCAGGUCAAUUUGAGUUUUCAAUGUUGUACACAUGUUCAAGAUGUGCUCAGGUAUUUGCUAAAGAGGAAUUUGCUUCAAAUCAUGUUUCCUCUUGUUCUGCCGUGGUGCCUGAUACAGUUCACCAUGAACAAGCAACGGUUCUUGUGUUGUAUAAAUGUUUAAUGUGUUCCAAGUUGUUUGAAGACAAAGAAAAAACUUACCGGCAUGUUUCCAAACAAUGCCCAAAACUUAAAGUAACUAUCGGCCAACAACAAGUACAGAAGGCAUUUGAUGAGAUUCAAAUGAAAAUGUUAAGUGAACAAAAUGAGCGUAAACACAUUUACCAGUCCGCAAGUCAAGAUGAUCGUGAUCUUCCUAAACAUACCGCAAGCACAAGUUUAGUUGGAGUAAACCAUGCACAGACCAGUGAUGUUGCGAUAAAAAGGAAGAAAUCUGCAUCUAAGCACAAUGAUCAUAAAAGUGUGGAACAUAAUUCAGAAAAAAAUCUAUCAUUAAGAACUUAUUGUGAAAGUGACAAUAAUGUUGGCAAUAGUGUAGAGCAUAAUUCAGAGAGAAAUGUAUCAUUAAGAACUUAUUGUGAAAGUGACAAUCAUGUUGGCAGUAAAACAUUUUUAACAUCAACAGACAAGACUUCCAAAGGAAACAAUGCUUUGUUAGAAAGUGCGCAAAAACAAAACUUCAAUAAAGCGGUGGAAGAUACUCCCUUAGAAAAUAACCACUCUAAACCUGUGACUCUAAUUGAAAACCGCAAUAACCUGGAUAUAGAUAAAGUGACACAUACUAAUGAGAAUGGAGCCUACAAAGCAACAGCUAGAGACACACUUGCAUCUGAGAAUAGAAGCAACAUGGUUAAAGCUGAAGUGACAUAUGUAAAUGAAAAACCGGAUGAUAUGGUAAAAGAAGUGUCCAGUUUAGAUGUAAGUAGAGGCAACAUGACAGCAGAUGAAGGGACAAAUGUUAAAAAGAAAACUGACAACGUAGAACUAAAUGAAGGGACAAACAAGAACAAACCAUUAUAUGAACCAUCUGUAAUAAACAAUAUUGUUUCAGAAUCUGUUAACCAUCCACUAAAUGCUGAAGAAAGUAAGGUAAAAGAGGAGAUUAAAAAGGCACAGAAAUUAGCAAAGCAAGUUGCAGUAAGGGCAGAUCAUUUGCAAGAAGAAAGAAAUCAUUUUUUAGACAAAACAGAUUCAAUGCAAGAAAGAACAGAACUUUUAGGAAACAAAGAGUCAUUACCUGUAAAUACAGAAAACCUUCAGGAGAAACCACAUUCAAUUGGUAAGCUUCCUCAUGGAACACUUAAUGCAGGCUCAGGGUACAAAAAUGAUUGUAUUUUGGAAUACAGUGAAUCAACAAAGGAACAAAGAUUGUCUGCUGAAAAGCUGUACUGGCAAGAGUUCUAUGCGAUUGAGAAAAGAAAAGAAGAGGAAAAAUCAAAGGCAUUACAACAGGCAGCAAAAGAAAGAAAUGCUCGUUCAAUUAAACAAGCACAUGUACAGGAUUCAUCAGCCACUUGUACAACAGAAGUUGACAUGGAAAGAAAGUACGCUUUGGAUCGGCAACUUCAUGAAAGAGCCACUGUUUCUGACAACCAAUUAGAACUUGAUAAAAAGGCGUCUGUCAACUCUGAUUUAGAAAAACUAAAUGCCAGCAAAUUAAAAAACGUUAACCAAAUAUUGGGUAAUAUGGAUCGCUUCCGACAGAUAAAUGAAUGCCAGGAAAUGCAGCAAAAGAAGACAGGUGCAGAAAUCAACAAGCCUGAUCAAAAAGAACAAGCUUCUCCUGUUGUCUCAUUUGAUAAAAAAACAAAUUUGCUUAACCAAAACAGUACUAAGAACAGUAAGGAUUCAAAAGUGAUAGUUGAAAAGAAGAGUCAAGAAAUAAUUCAGACCAAGGCAAAGGUUGAUACUAGAGAAUUGAUCACAAAUAGAAAUAAGAAAAAACAACCCAAAUGUCAUCCUUCAAGGCAUCUUUCAAAAGCUGCUACUAAUGAGCGUUUACUUCGAAAAAGAGGAUUAAGAUCAAAGAGGCAAAUAAAGCAAAGAAAAUUCUUUGAUGAAGUGGAGACAGUCUCAAAAGGUGAAUCAGUAAAGCAUUCAACUCCAUCAAGAAGCCCUCGGAGACAAGAAUUGAGCGAGUCUGAAGAGGAUAUUCCCAAGGGACAAGAGACGUCACUGCAGACAACAGAGCAAAGGUUGUAUCUUAAAAGGCUUCAGUUUGAGUGUAAGUUGUGUGAUUAUACUAGUCCUCAAAGCAGAGUGAAGGUACCCGCUUACAUUGGGACUCAUUAUAUUGUACAGCAUAAGAUGGGAUUUCGACUGAACAGACACAAGUUUGAAUGCAGAUUUUGUUCCUUCAAUGUUCCAGACAGUAAAAUGAACAAGAUAAAGGUCCAUCUGCAUGAGAAACACAGAAAUGAUGUGUUUGAUGCUAUUUGCAAAGGUAAACUGGCUAAUAAUGUUGACAAGCAGACUAAACUCUCUCCAAUAAAAGUGAUUGACGAUUUGAAUGUCAGCAUGACACGUUCAAGAAUUAAAGCAGAAAAAGUUCAAAGAGGUAUGAGAGCACUGGCUCUCAGAAAAGAAUGUGCAGAUAAGCUCAGGAAACUUGCAGAAGAAAGAAAGAACAUAUUACAUUUUCUUGAAAAUGAAGAAGCAAAUAUGGAAAGUGAUCUGAAUAGUUAUAACAUCACAAGUGCACACAUUUCACCACCCCAAGUAAGUUCUAACAAGUCAACACCAUUACUUUCUGAUGUAAGUACUCCCUAUGAAUAUAGUAGUCCAAUAACAAAACAGCUUGCAAAAAGGUUAACCAGGAACAUGGUUAAGGAUAUGAAGGGUAGUAAGAUUUUGACCCAUUACAGUCGUUUGACUUCACAUGCUGACCUUUCUGAGUCAGAAAUAUCAUUUGAGCUUGCUUCAUAUGGUAGGUCUCGUUCAGCCUCAGUCAGUAGCAGGUCAUCAAGUAUCCAUGGUGGAAAAUUGCGAUCUUUAAGAAAUGCUGGGCCGAAUAAAUCAGAUAUGUCUGAGGAAAUAAUGGUAACUCGUAGUGGACGAAAGAUUAGGAAACUUGACAUUGACCAGUUUUCAACAGAAUCUUCUGGGUUUCGAAGUGAUGACUCUGAUUCUGAAUGCAAUAGAGAUCCUGAAAUAACAAGGUCAAGAAGAUCAUCAAGAAGACAACAAUCAUCAGAACAAAAGGACAGUAAUCAGGAAUCAGAAGAAUCAGGUGCAGAGAUAAGUGACAAACCAAAACGGAAAUCAUUAAAAGUAAAGCAGAGUGUUGAAAAGACAAUUUUGUUUUGUUUAAAUACAUCUGACGAUUCAGAUGAAGAACCGUUACCCAGAAAAACACGAUCUUCUUCUAGGAAACAAUCUGAUUUAGAUACAAAACACACAAGUGAAAUGAAGGAACUUUCUAAUGCAAACCUAUUUCUUGGGAAUAAUCAUUAUGAUUCGGAUACAGAAAGCAAUGCAGCUGAAACAGAUAACAAUAGUUCUAAAAAUAACAUGAGGACGAAAUCAAACAAAAUUCAUGAGGAGUCUGAAGAGAUGGAUUGUAAAUCAUAUGACAUUGUUGCAAAGACAGAAUUAUCUCAAGUUAACACAUGUGUUCCUUCCAAUGUACAAAAUUCAAAUAGAAAAGUUAUUAAAUCCAUCCAUUCUAUUCAGGAGGAAGAUGUUUUGAAAAAAUAUCAUGACAUAGAAAACUUUAGACAGGAUGUUAACAGAUGUGAUGUUCUGAAGUUAACAAAAGAUCCAGCUUAUAUUUCAAAUCUCUCUAGUACUGCAGAAAAUAAAAGAGAAUUUGACACAUCUGCUGCUUCCCAUGACUCUGGUCCUGUUGUGCGAUUGGAAAAAACAAAUGAUCAACAUGAAGCUGUUAGACAACUUUGUGACAAGAAAGGCAAAACUGAUAUUUUUAAGAAAUUUAAUCUGACCAAAUGUUCCAUUAAUGUUAAGAGAUUGUCAAAAGAAGAAAUAGAUGAUCAAACAAGCAAACCAAGGGCGGCUGGAUACUUUUAUGAGGGUUGUGAUGAUGUUAUGAUUGACAAUGUGCCAACAGAAGGGAAUGCCAUACCUUUUGGUGAAGCUGAUUUUAUUAUUGUGCAGGAUGCUCCUGACGAUGUUAUUUCUAAGCUAAUGCAUGAUGCUUGGUUAGAAAUGGAAAGUAAUCAAGGUGUUGUUAAUUGUGAAGAAAUUGUUCUGGAAGGUAGGUGUAAAGCUGAAAUUGAUACUGAGGAGAACUCCUCAGAUAAUAAUGUUAUCAUUGUGAUUGAUGAUGAUUUUGAUGAAUUUCAAAGAGAGCAACAUUCAGAGCAGAAAAAUGCUCCUGGUCUGAAUGCGUCUGAUCCUGAUGAUAAUGUGUCAAGAGAAUCUACACACAGUAAUUUGGUGGAAAUAAGAGAUCAGUUGAUUGAUAUGACAAGCACAAGCACUGUUAAAAGAACAAUAGCUGGAGAGAUUGUGAAGUGUAACCAUGAUAAUGAAUCCUUGAGUAGAAUUAUUUUGGAGUGUGAAGAAACAACGAAAGGCAAAUUGAAACAUCCUCAAGAGAAAGCUGAAACAUCAAUGACUGAAGCAAGUGAAAUUACUUCAGAAAAUAAGGAUAUUGAAGAGAAUGUGAACGAUAGUGAUAAAUCAGAAGGAAAGCGUGUACAGAAAAGUGGCACUAGUACAGAGGUACUGCCUCGAGUGCAUGAGGAGUGUAAUGAAACUGAUAAACCAACAGGCAUAUUUGAAUCUCAUAAUAAGACAGGUUUUACAUACAGUAAUAGAGAAAUCCAAUUAGGAAAGGAAAGUAAUGGAAACUCCGGAAAAGAAUUUGAAAUACAAACAAACUCUUCUCAGGUUGGCAAUAAUUUUAAUGAAAAUACAGAUGAGAUAUUGAAUUCUCAAGAGGAAUGCUUAUUGGAAGUUAAAAAGUCUGAUAUGAAAAACGGCAUUGGAAGUGAAGUUGAUGUUAAUGAUCCUUCUGGUGAAGACAAUGUUACAGACAUUUAUAAGGCAGUUGAAACUAAACAAAUUUACCAGGAGGAGAAUGACCUGUUAAAUGGAAAAACUAAUUUGUCUAAAAUGAACUCUUCGGAGAUAAUUGGUGUGCAAGACUUUGAAUCUGAAAAUGUUAGGUCAGUGUGCAUUUUAACUGAUAUUGAUGGUGAUGCAUGUAAAGAAGAUGCAAACAGUUUCCAAAGACAGGAUAAACAGAUCAUAACAUUGACUGGAUUUAUAGAUGACAGUGAUAAUAAAAAGUUGACUAAAGUUAUAGAAGACAGUGUUGACCAAACAUUGUCUGGAGUUAUAGAAGACGGAGGUAACCAAACAAUGACUGAGGUUAUAGAAGACAGCCGUAACCAAAUAAUGGCUGGAGUUAUAGAAGACAGUGGUGACCAAAUAAUGACAGGAGUUAUAGAAUACAGCGGUAACCAAACAAUGACUGGAGUUACAGAAGACAUUGGUGACCAAACAUUGACUGGAGUUAUAGACAACAUUGGUAACCAAACAAUGACUGGAGUUAUAGAAGACACUGGUAACCAAACAUUGACUGGAGUUGUAGAAGACAGUGAUAAGCAAACAAUGACUCAAGUUAAAGAAGACAGUGGUAACGAAAUAUUUACUGGAGUUAUAGAAGACAGUGGUAACCAAACAUUGACUGGAGUUAUAGAAGACAGUGGUAACCAAACAUUGACUGGAGUUUUAGAAGACAGUGGUAUCCAAACAUUGACUGGAGUUAUAGAAGACAGUGGUAGCCAAACUUUGUCUGGAGUUAUAGAAGACAGUGGUAACCAAACAAUGAUUGCAGUUAUAGAAGACAGUGAUAAACGAACAUUGACUGGAGUUAUAGAAGACAGUGGUAGACAAACAUUGUCUGGGGUUAUAGUUGACAGUGUAAACCAAACAUGGACUGGAGUACUAGAAGACAGUGGUAACCAAACAUUGACUGGAGUUUUAGAAGACAGUGGUAACCAAAUAUUGACUGGAGUUAUAGAAGACACUGGUAACCAAACAUUUACUGGAGUUAUAGAAGACACUGGUAACCAAACAUUUACUGGAGUUAUAGAAGACACUGGUAACCAAACAUUGACUCUAGUUUUUGAAGACAGUGGUAACCAAACAUUGACUGGAGUUUUAGAAGACAGUGGUAACCAAACAUUGACUGGAGUUUUAGAAGACCGUGGUAGCCAAACAUUGACUGGAGUUUUAGAAGACAGUGGUAAUCAAACAUUGACUGGAGUUUUAGAAGACAGUGGUAGCCAAACAUUGACUGGAGUUUUAGAAGACAGUGGUUACCAAACUUUGUCUGGAGUUAUAGAAGACAGUGGUAACCAAACAAUGAUUGCAAUUAUAGAAGACAGUGAUAAACAGACAUUGACUGGAGUUGUAGAAGACAGUGGUAGCCAAACAUUGUCUGGGGUUAUAGUUGACGGUGUUAACCAAACAUUGACUGGAGUUAGAGAAGACAGUGGUAACCAAACAUUGACUGGAGUUAUAGAAGACAGUGGUAACCAAACAUUGACUAGAGUUUUAGAAGACACUGGUAGUCAAACUUUGUAUGGAGUUAAAGAAGACAGUGGUAACCAAACAAUGACUGCAGUUAUAGAAGACAGUGAUAACCGAACAUUGACUGGCGUAAUAGAUUACAGUGGUAGCCAAACAUUGUCUGGGGUUAUAGAUGACAGUGUUAACCAAACAUUGACUGGAGUUAUAGAAGACAGUGGUAACCAAACAAUGACUGGAGUUUUAGAAGACCGUGGUAGCCAAACUUUGUCUGGAGUUAUAGAAGAGAGUAGUAACCAAACAAUGACGGCAGUUAUAGAAGACAGUGAUGACCAAACAUUGACUGGAGUUAUAGAAGACAGCGGUAGCCCAGCUUUGUCUGGAAUUAUAGAAGACAGUGGUAACCAAACAAUCACUGCAGUUAUGGAUGACAGAGGUAACCAAACAAUAACUGCAGUUAUAGAAGAGAGUGGUAACCAAACAUUUACUGGAGUUAUAGACAACAGUGCUAACCAAACAAUGACUGAAAUUAUAGAAGACAGUGGUAACCAAACUUUGUCUGGAGUUAUAGAAGAGAGUAGUAACCAAACAAUGACUGCAGUUAUAGAAGGCAGUGAUGACCAAACAUUGACUGGAGUUAUAGAAGACAGCGGUAGCCAAGCUUUGUCAGGAAUUAUAGAAGACAGUGGUAACCAAACAAUCACUGCAGUUAUGGAUGACAGAGGUAACCAAACAAUAACUGCAGUUAUAGAAGAGAGUGGUAACCAAACAUUUACUGGAGUUAUAGAUAUAAGUGCUAGCCAAACAAUGACUGGAGUUAUAGAAGACAGUUGUAACCAAACAUCGACUGGAGAUAAAGAAAAUAGCAGUAACAGAACAUUGACUGGAGUUAUAGAAGACUGCGGUAAUUUUAAAGGCAGUAACAAUGUUUCUCGAGAAGGAGUCUCAUUAGAAAGUAGAAAUAUAACUGCAAGUAUGCAUCUUGAAACAGAGCCAAAAGAGAGUAUUUCAGACAUCGCUGCAACACACACUCUUGGAGAAAAGGAAUUUCUGCAAAAAUACAAAUCUGAAGACGAAGUUGAAACUAUGAAUGUAGAGAGUGCAUUAAAAGAACAGGAAAAAGAAUCCUAUUCAGCAACAGUCUUUAAUAUCCAGGAUGAAAGCAGCUAUUGUAAAUCCGAGUCUGACUCAGAAAUCAGUUUUAUAUCGGAGCCUUGUAUAAAUGAGCAGGUCAGUGAAGAUGAAAUCCUAUACAUAAAGGAAAUGAAUGAAAAUGAACAAAGUGAGAAGAUAGAUGAAUUUAAAGAGAUUGACCUGUUUGAUGGUAUUCAAACAUUCUUUAAAGAACCUGGGUCACAUAAAUUAUUGGGACAUUCAGAACCAGUAACAGUAGAUGCAUUAAAGCUGGAAAACAAGUUAGUUGCCUGUCAACUUGAAGCAAAUGAGAUUGAAGAAUUUCUGGGCAACAAAGCAUUAGUAGAAGAAAAAAUAAAUUAUACAAAAAUGACAGACACGUUACAGCAUCAUUCUAGUAAUAACUUAUCUAUGCCUUUGCUGAUGGAUUCCUCAGAUCGGGAAAGUGUUGCAUCCAGACAAUUAGAAAGUGAACUAGUUAAGUCAGAGGAUGAAAUAGAUGUAGAGAAUGGUACAGAACAUACAAUUAAACCAGAGACAUAUCAAACAGAUGAUCAGGGAACUCUAUACAUGUGUGAUAAAAGUUCAGAGGCAAUCUUUGAGCAAUCAUUUGUUGAACCAACACAUGAUAUAACUGACAUCAGUGUGUGUGAUGAAUUGGCAAUAAACAUACCAGUAAAAAGCAAUGCAGCAAUAAUGCCUGUAGAUAAUAACAUGGUAGAACAUGUGAACAAUCAAGACAUGAAUAAUGAAGAGAGUAAUGAAGAUUUAAGUAGGACACCAGAGGAAAGAACAUAUUUAAUUAAAGAAACAAGCAGAGAACAACUUGACAAUUUAAAUCAGGAAGAAAGAGAAAACAUGAUGCUUGAAGGUUAUUCCAUAGAUGCACAGGGUCAAAUUGACAGAGAUGAUACAUGUGGUUUACAUAUGGAUCAUAAUUUACAGCUGAUGACAGGUCAUUGUGUGAAUUAUUGUAAUGAAAGGGAAGAGAAAUUUGUACAACCAAAUGCAAUUGAUAACAGUGUUAUUGAAAAAUCUACCUCUGCGAAUGUUGAACUUGCCCCAAAAGCAAAUUAUGAUUUGAUUGUUGAUAGUCCUGCUGAAAAUACCGACAUGAGUGGAAAAACUGUGAAUAAUGGCAUUAAAGUUGACAAGCUUGUGUCUAUGGCUGGAAAUGCAUGUUUGAUUACUGAUAUCUCUAAAAUAAGUGAUAAUAAAAACAAAGAUGUUUUGUUUUAUUCUGAGAAAAUAGACACAAAUAUGUUGGCUCUAAGUAACAAUGUGGAUCAUGUUGUUAGGGAUUUACAUCUGACGAAAGAAUCAGAAAUUAUAACUGAACAUUCCAAAACUAUAAGUUGUAAAAGUAGAGAAAAUACUUUAAUAUUGCUUGAAGCAGGUACAGGUUUAAUUGAUGAUGACUCUAAAUUUGUUCAAAGCAAAUCUGAAAAUAUUUAUGCAAAAAUAAUUUACCCAGAUGUAGAAAUUGAAAGGAGCAGUAAUACCGAAAAAGUUCAUGUGAGCUGUGAACAAGAAAAUGAUAGCCAUGUGGCUGAUAGCUUUAGCCAGGAUUCUGUUGAGGUUACAGGUGUUAUAAGUGAUUUAGUAAAUGAAAUUAAAGAGGACAAUUUGCCACUGGGUGAUGAUAAAUCAUCAAUCGAUGACUUUAAUGCACCAAUCAUUGAAACAGUGAUUGACCAAGAAAGAUCUUGUCCUAUUGAAAUGAGCAGUCAUACUGAUUCAACCACUGAAAAUGAUAGAUCAUGUAUAGACCUUCCAAUCAAUUUGAUGAGCUCUGAUUUCAUAUGUAAUAAUGAAGUUGAAAACAGUUAUUGUAACCCUCAGAUGGCUGAAAAAAGUUGUGAAGGUGAAAAAGAUUAUAUUGAAACUAAAGUCAGAGAUAUAUCAGUUGGCAAAACAUUUCAACAUGAUGAUUCGAAACAACCAGCAGACAUCAGUAUUCCAACCAUAUGUAAUGAAGAAAGCAAAACAGUUGUGAUGAGCCACAUAGAGAAUGUGAAAGUUGACUGCACAAAUAAUAUGAAUUCCAUUGUUGAAGAAGCAAAAGAAUCACUUGAAAGUGCAGGGAAAACUUGCAACAUGCAGUCUGCAAUUUCAGACAUAGAUCAUAUAAAUGUCAAGAGAUCUCCACGAUUGAAUAAACUAAAACGAAGAGAUUACCGCCAUCCUUUUAAGAAGAAAGUAAUUGCUGCAAGUACACCAAAAGUAAACAAUGAUCACAACUAUGAUCACAAAGAUAAAGGUUUUGGAAAGAAAUGUCAAGAUCAGCAUAUUAAAGAAUCAAAUAGUUUUGCUCUUAAAACUGCUCAUUUGAAUGAACAAAAAGAAUUGCCAGUUAAAAUAAUGAGUAGCGAUGAAGUUGAGAGUAUACGUAACAUGUGCAGCAUGAAGGACGAAAGUCCAGACAUGACAGCUGAAAAUGUUGACAUUCUUAAUAGCAAAAGUCUCUUUGAAAAUACUCGAUUGAAUUCAAAGGCAGUUGUUUUUGAAUAUGUUGGAAAUAUUACCUCUGGAAAUGUCAGUUAUGGAUCAAGUGUGAAUGUAUUAAAGAAGUCUGAAAUUUGUGAUCUGAUUCUCAAAUUAAACUCAACAAAAGGAAAAAGUACAGAAAACAAUCUAAAAAAUUUGACUGAUGUGAAUAGUUUUACACAAAAUACAUGUGAAAGUAGUGCCCUGGAUAAUACACUAUCAAGAGCAUGUGAAGAAUAUAAAUCUGCUCCUGAGCAGAGUGUAUCAAUCUUGAAGCUCUCAGACACCAACCAAAGUCAGCCUGUUAGUGAACCGUACCCUAAAAGUCAUGUGAAAAUGGAUCGCGAGUGCCAUGAAAAUAUCGCAGUUCAAGUUGGGGGAGCCAUGAUUGAUUGUGGCAGUAAAACUGAUGGAAAUGAAUCAGAUUCAAAGAAAAGCAGUAAUUCUUCUACAGUGGAGGAUCUUCUGCCUCCAGAAAUAAGACUAGAGAAUGAAACAGAUGAGGAGUUUUUAAAGAGAGCUGAAAAGAUAAAAUCAGCCCUUAAGAAAGCUGUGAAAUCCUAUCAGUCUGAUUUUGAUUUUGAAAACCAGUCAAGUGUAGAAUCCAACAUUCCUCCUGUAACUCCAGAGGAAGAAACUGAUUUGCAGAAUUUUGAUGUUGCUAGCUUAUAUAGUAACACUUCUACCAAUGUCCCUAAGAAAGCACCACUGGUUUCAAAUGUUGUUACAGUUGUCUGCAUGACAAAAGGUAAUAAAGUAAAGACUGUAACCAGCAAAAAUGUGAGAGCCAUGAUACCAUUAUCAGUUUCACAGUCCAUGCCAAAGCAGCCAGUGUAUCUUCAGAAAUCUCAGUCCUCGGAUGACAUACAUAGUCAGGUUGGAUUAUUAAAUUCUGCUGCUGCUGAUCCUAGACAGUCUUCGGUAUCUUCUCUGGCUAUGCAACUAACCUCUCAUCACAGCAAAGCCAAGAGAAUGCCAGUGUCAGUGCCCAGGACUGAAGUAAAAUAUGCCCGCAGUUUAUCCUCAGAAACGGAAAAUUUUAAGUCUAAAUAUGUGUGCAACCAACAACGCACUCAGCAGGGUGUACCAAGAACAAAUGUUAAAUGCAACAAUUCUAGUCAGCCAAGUAUCAUGCAAAUGGUGGUUGAGCAGUCUGCACAAGUAAUGACCAGCUCCAAUAGUGUUCAGGUAAACAAUGGCAUACCAGUCAAUGCUGUAACAGGUCAGGAUAGUAUUGAGAAAACUGUGGUAGUGACAGAAAAUCUGUCAAAAGUGAAAUCUUUCAGAGAAAUUCAUAAAGAUGAGAAGCCCUUUAAAUGGGAGGCAAGUCCAAUUAGAGAGUUACGUUUAAAGACAAUGUCACCAGAUAAGGAAGGCACAAUGCAGGUAAACGAUUCUCCAAAAUCCAUAGCAGCACCGGCAGUUGCUAGACGGAAGAGAGUGAAACAGCAUGAAGAGGGUGAAGACAUGCCAGCAGAUUCAAAAAGAACCAGGCAAGGUAAAUCUGUUGUUAACAAAAAUGUUGAGGCAAAUGAAAAGUCUGAUGAGAAUGGUCCUAAUAUUCUGAAAUCAACAGAUUCAGACAUGGUCAUGGAAAACAGUCAAGUUAAAUCUGUUGUUAACAACAAUGUUACGGCAAAUAAAAAGUCUGACAAUAAAGAUCCAAAGAUUCCAAAAUCAGUAGAUUCAGACAAAGUUAUGGAAACCAGGCGAAGGUCAUUUAGUGAAUUACCUUCCAAUAAAAGCGCUGCCAAAGCUUUUAAAGAUAAAUCUUCAGAAAAUAAACCCUGUUAUGAAACAUUUUCACCUUCAAACAAACCGUCUGACCAUGUCCAUAAUCAACUGAGUCAGCUAUUAUCAAAUGCUCCACCACCACGGAAAGGAUGCAUAAUCAGGUCUGGCUCUGGUAGAAAGCAUAAUAAAUCAAACACUCCUACAAAAAAGAAAGAAAAAACUAGAACUGAAAACAGUUAUGCUGUAGAUUCAAAAACGAAGAGUGGAUUAAGAUGUAACGUGGAUGGCACUCAAGCCUAUGAUAGUACACAGCCUACAAUCAAUAAAUUAGAAUUAGAAGAAAACCAGAUGAAUCAAGGUGCUUGUCAGCCAGAAAUCAAUAUUGUCACGCAAAGUAUUGAAGAUUCAGCCACAAGUCUGUUACAAGUAAACAAUUUGUCACAAUGUAUUGAAGAUUCGUCUGAAAACCCUGCAGAAAAUUUGCAAAAUGAAUCUUAUUCUCCCAUUUCUGACUCUGAAGAAAGCCAACUCGACAUCAUGGCUGAAGUGAAAAGGAGAGUGAAAAAUAAGGUUUUAAACCUGAAGAGGAAGCUGUAUAUGGGUAACAACUUGGCCAACACACCUGAAGGUUUAGCUUUUCAUGACAUUGAUGAAGGCCUUGAUGAAGGCGUAGAGUCUCCAGCAAAAAUGUGCAAGCUGGAUGGCACUUCAGGAAGCCCCAGCAAGUCAGACUCUGAGGAUAAACACAGCGAGUCAUCGUACUGCAGUGAUUCCUCCCAGCCUUCAGACAGUGUCAAUGAGAUAAGCCCGAAACCAAUUCGACAGCUUAUCCACGGUGGAAGGGUUUACCAAAUUCAGCAAGGUUCAGUGACCGAGUUUGAUAUAAAACAAGGUCAGACUGACCCUGAGUCCAGUUUUAUGUCCAGAUUGAGUCCACAUGAAGUGACCCCAGUAACAAGCCCAAUGUCAUCACGUACUUCCAGUCCCUCCAGAAUGUAUUCAGCUGUAAGUGUAAGUUCCAGGCACGUCAACACUUCACCAUCUAGCCUUCAAGAGCAGCCAUUACCAUCCAGCCUCCAGAAACAGCCUUCACCAGGAACAAAACACAUCAAACCAUUCAAUGCGGCAAAUGCAAGUUCUGUGAUUAGCCCUGUGAGGAGACGUAGUUCUACAGCAAGCUCCAAAGCUAGCAAAGGACCGAAAAGUCGGCCUGGGAUUACCACCAGGUCAAAGGUUAAUGAAUAUAUUGAAACCACAUUGCAGAGCAUCAGACCUCGUGGCUUGAAACCAAGUCCAACCACCUGGAAACUCAACAAGAAAGUUAAAAGGAGUAUAUAUUCACUGGAAUUCAAGAAAACUCAAUGAAAAACAUUUGUCAUUCAAUCGCUAACAAACAGUUGAUUUUGUGAUUCAAGUGCUCAGUCAUCUUUAUUGAACACUUAUAGUGAUCAAUCCAGGAGUUGAUAGGACUGUGUAUACCUCGGUACUUUGUAUAUAUACCUUGUUAUUUUUGUAGAUGAUGAACAUUUAUUCUUGUAUUCAACCAAAGGCAGCUUCUUCACAAUGUGUAAGCUUCUUUUACAUAACAUAAUCCAUUGAUGAUUAAUUGAUCUUUACAAUCUAUCAGUGUCAAUGCAAUUACAUUUACAUAUUGAUAUUUUUUUUCCACAAGAAUGUGCAUUUUCUUCUCAAAAUAUGAUGUGCUAUUUCUCUUUAUUUAAUGCUGCAUUUUGUAAUUUUAUGUAUUUCAAAGCUGCUAUUACAAAUGGGGUACACAUUUUAUGGCAAAAAUAACGUUCUGAUUCAUUUAAUGUAGGUGACACAGACAUAUUUGAAGUAAACUUGAAGAAUCAAAGAAUCAAACAAUUGAUUAAUUUGUAAAUUAACACAUUAUUUUUCAUUAAUCGCCCCCUUGGUGCAAAAAGGUACCAUGUGACAUGGAAAUUAGUCGGCACAGGGUUACUUUUUGCUCCGAUGGGGCAAUUUGUUGUUAAGUUCACUGAUGAUUUGUAAUUGUAAAAGGGUAAUGAUUGAACAUAAUUCAGAUUUGCACUUAAAUUCAUAUAAUAAUGGAUGUUACUUUUACGUAAUUAUGUGUAGUACAAAUUUUUUUAUAAUUAGUAUCUUUGGAAUGCUGCAAAACAUUUCGUUCGUGUUGUCUUAAAUCUGGGUGCAAUCGAAGGGAACUGGUGAUUGCUUGAUUUACAGUUUGUAAAAGGAAAAGUUGUUUGAUAAUGCUGUACAAUAUUAUCUUUGAAAUAAUUGUUUGCAAUAUCAGGUCUGGACAAUUUGAAGUCAUUUCUUAUGAAUUAUAUUUCUGGCAUUGACAUUGUUCAUUGUAAACAAGGUUUUGGUUAAUUCUAAGUAACGUUUAUUAUGAUUACUGUUUUGAUAUUAUUGGUUUUUUAAUUGUAUUAGAUAAAAAUGGAUGUUUAAAAGCAAAUAGUAUAUUGAUUAUGCAUUGUAACAUAGAACUCAAUGAAGGUUUAAACGUUUAAUUGAAAAUAUAAUAGACACACAUUCACAUUAUAUGAGGAGACUUGGUUGAUCAUGUUUACAUAGUUUGUCAUGAAUUGACUCUUGUUCUGAGAAAACUGGGCAUAAUGCAUGUGCGUAAAGUGUCGUCCCAGAUUAGCCUGUGCAGUCUGCACAGGCUAAUAAGGGAAGACACUUUCCGCUUUAAUGGUAUUUUUCGUUUAAAGGAAGUCCUUUUUAACCGAAAAUCUAGUUUAAGCGGAAAGUGUCAUCCCUGAUUAGCCUGUGCAGACUGCACAGGCUUAUCUGGGACGACACUUUACGCACAUGCAUUAUGCCCAGUUUUCUCAGAACAAGGCUCAAUUAAUCAUGUCACAUAAUAUCUCCACUUGUUUCUGCCAGUCUUUGUAAACUUAAUUCAUGUGCCAAUGUUUUGUUACGAUUCAUAAUAUCCCCAUACAAAAAAGUUGUAUGGUGGCUUAUACUGGAAAAAGGUUGUCUAGCUGGAUGUCCAUCCAGCAAUUGUUUAAACUUACGAAUAAAAUUAAGAAUAUCCUUCGAAGUAAAAUAUUUAAGAAUUAUUUAAUUAUGAGUAAAACUUUGCAUAAACUUCAUCUAUCUACAUCAUUCUGUUCAUGCAGAACAUUCUGUUAAGGACAUUAUCACCAGUCGUAGGAUGUAUAUGUUCAAACACUUGGCAUAUUUUUUUUGGUUCUUAGUCUAUUGUUUAUUCUUAAGUCUUAGAAUGGGUUGGUGAAUACGAGCCAUGUAGUCAUAUAGACGACUAAAAGAGGUAUUAACCCUUUCUCCCAUAAAAAGCAAAGUGAAAAUGGCUUUUGCAACCAGCAUAAAACCAGAACAGCCUGCAAGUAACUCGCAGUCUGUUCAGGUUUUAUGCUGUUUGCUGCUCAUCAGUAACUGAGGGUUGCCUUUAAAACUUGAAUUUAUUAAGAAAGGUAUUUAAUUAAAUGUUACUUUCUAAGGAACUACAAAUGCGUCAAAAUACGUAUCUAAGUGGUAAAGGGUUAAACAAAUUAAGUGAAACUUCAUUCUUUAUUGGUAGAUGGAUCUCUGAGAGGUUUAAUGCAGUACACAAGAGCCAUGCCUGUUAAUAUUGCUUCCAUAAGGCUCUUUGGUAAUGUUUAUGCAUAAUGUUUGCUGUUGUCAUAUUUUGAAAACUGAGAAGCAAGGUGAAAAUUCAUCGGUAGAUAAAUUGAAUGGAGGGAAGUGAAUUGAUCUAGAAGCACAAAUCUUGCAUCCAUAUUUUCAGAGUAAUUAUCCCCCGCCAUAGGCGGAGGGAUAUUGUUUUGGUGUUGUUCGUCCGUCGGUCCGUCUUUCCGUCCGUCCGUCAGGAGCCAUAUCUUGGAAGUACUUUUAGCGGAUUUCAUCGAAACUUGGUAUAAGUAUAUACAGUAUAUGGAUAAUAGGAUGAUGCACGCAAAAUGGCAUCGUACACCAUCUGAUAAUAACAGAGUUAUGGCCCUUUGUAUCUUGAAAAAAUGCUUUUUUAGUGUCAAAUAUAACACUUUUGUGUCCAGAAGCAUAUUGGCGCGGGAUAUCAAUUCAACGAAUUUGCUUGUUUCUCUUUGUUUUAAACCUGAACUAACUGUGCCAUCUAACAAACCAGCAAGUGGAAUGUUUUUCAUGCACAGCAAUGACCUUGAUGUUAAAAAGCAUCUGAUUUGGAUAACAAACUAAACUUGUUUAAGCUUAAUUACUACCUGUAGUUGAGAUUUAACUUUGUGUAUAUAUUUGAUUACCUUGUUGCCAUAUUGUUGUUUUUAAACAUAUGCAUAUUUUUGUCCCCUACCGGUUUUACCUGAGGGGACUUAUGGUUUGCGCUCUGUGAGUCUUGUCUGUCACACUUUUCUGGAUCCUGCGAUAACUUUAAAAGAUCUUUAUAUUUUUUUCAUGAAACUUGAAACAUUGAUAGAUAGCAAUAUGGACAUUAUGCAUGUCAUUUCAUUUUGUUCCUACGUCAAAUAUUUUGGUUGCUAUGGCAACAAAUAUUUAUAAAAAAAAUAAUCUGACAAUGGUGGAGCUGGUAGGGGACAUUUAUUGAUUGGCAAUAGUCUUUUUAAAAAUAUAAUGGAUUGUAAACCUAGAUCAUGAUUUGAAAUUGAUGUUAUCUUGUUUUCAUGGUUGUUUGUAAUACCAUUUAUUACACAUACUUCUACUAAGCAUUGUGAAACUCAAUAUGUUUUUGAUUUUCAAGCAUUUCUGGUCAACUUGUUAGGGCAAGCAAUCAUGGACUGUCAAUUUAUUUAUGAAGAUGUUGUACAUUCAUGAUUGAGCUUGACUUGUUUGUUUAUAUAUUCUCAUCAGUAUUGUGUCCAUGUACCGGUAAAUUUAAGUCCAUAUGACAUUGCUUUUGUUUUUAAUAUUGAAAUAUUACAUCACAAGUCUUUUCUACUAUCUAACAUAAUCUUUUGUUACAACGUUAUGAUGUGCAACAUAAAUGUAUAUCUUGAA